CCAAGGUCAAACAAACAAAUAUGUUUCAAAAGUCGCAAGUGAUAAUGCUUAUUAAAUAUAACAAAAAAGUGCAAUACUUUGCUUCUUUGUAAGUUUUUAGAUGUAAAACACUUAACAAUAAAAUAUUUUACAUUUAUUACUUCGUAUAUUCUAAAGGGGUUUAUAGAAAUCCAUUUCAAUGGAUUAAAAUGAUAGCCAAAGUAAUUAUUUAUUUACAAGUUCAAUAACCAGCGCAACGUUAUAUCCUAAAAUAAAAUAUACUCAGAUGGCUCUAAAAUGUCUCACCAACAUGAGUUGGAGUGUUCAGAAAAGGACUUGGCAAUUCCUUAUUGGCUUGAAGACGUAACAAAAGAAAUGAAAGAGACUCAUAUAAGCAGCAGUAGUCGAGAUACUUCAAAAAGUUAUGAAAUACCAAACAAUAUAUUAAUAGGUUCAAAAUUUGAUAACCAGGGUUUAAACCGUAGAACAUCGUUGGACGCAACAAUGGAUAUUUUAAAGUCCCAGAAGCCAGUCGCAUAUUCUGCUGGUACACUACGGGAUAGCAAAAAUAAUGGUCAUUUUCAAAAUAGACGAAAACCGGCUGUGAACCACGACAUCGAUUGGGGGGAUGGAUCGAACGGCGUCUCCAAUGACUUCCUCUCAGAACUGCUCCCACAUUACGUGACACCGAGACAUCAUCACAAAUCUAUGGGGAACUACGGCUUCGAUGACGACUUCCAUGACGUCAUCACUGGCUCACGUUUUCAAGAGAAUAAAAGGAACAGAGGCAAUGUUGAACUUCAAAAACACAGCAAAGGAAACAUUCACAAAGAGACGACCUCAUAUUCAAGUCAGAAUGUCCAUAGUAAAGCUUUUGCCAAUAAACACAAAGCAAAGAAAGCUGCGAGUGACUCAGCUUCAGUUUCCAAUCAAAAUACUCAGAAGGAAAAGGUAAAAAGCGAAUUUGUGAUUCCCUCGCUUCCAAAGGGCAGAUUGUUGGAAAUCAAAAUAUAUUCUAAUUGGGGCGAUAAAUAUUUUGUCGGUCUCAAUGGAGUGGAGUUGUUUGACGCCAACGGCCUGCCGGUGGGCGUUGAAAAGGUGUGGACGGAUUCCGUCACUGGCGAUCAUCGCGGGGCCUCCCGUGUAGUGGACACCGUCUCCAAUUUGGUAGACGGCGUGGUUCGUACCAGGGAUGACAAGCACACGUGGUGCGGCUCAGUUCCUAGAGGGACGCCGCUAGCGAUCAGCAUACUACUCGAUACUACUACGACACUGGCGCUGCUGAGAAUAUGGAACUAUAACAAGUCCCGUAUAUACUCCACGCGUGGUGUUCGCGUGGUUCAAAUUAAACUGGACGAUCAAGUCGUCUUCCACGGGGAGAUAGCUAGGGCAUGUGGAGAGUUGAAAGGACCUCUGUCAUCAUUCGGAGAUACAAUUCUCUUCACGAAGGAUUCAAGUAUUCUCGAAGCAAUACUUGCGAACGACAAAAACUUCCAAGCUCUAUUAAAAGACAACGAACCACUCAAAGAAAGUAACGUGGUCGAGAAACGUCCGCCGACCGCUGAUGGUAACAAGAACAGCGUCAGUUCGCCGAAAUCCGGAGAAAUAGACUUAGAAGGAGAGAUCAAAAUUGUGGCGAAAAGAAUCAAAUUAACUCUAAUGACUAACUGGGGACACAGCAACCUGAUCGGGCUAGCUGGAAUAGAAAUUCUUUGCAACGAAAACGCGAUCAGGGUCCAUCGAGCUUACGCGUACAUGUCGUACAGCGACGAGGACGAAUGUGUCGGGAACUACAUGGACUGCUCGAACCUGUUCAAUGGGAAGAAUAUAACAACCAACUCGGAGGACAUGUGGUGCGCGAGCUUCACGCCCGGCACACAGUGCUGCCACGUGGUGAUGGAAUUACAGGAACCCACGGAAAUAACGGGAAUCCGGGUGUGGAACUACAAUUCCUCUCUACAGAUGUCGUACUGCGGCGUGCGACACUUGUCCCUGGCGGUGGGUUCUCUCGUCAGGCGAGUGUUGCUAAGACGCGCGCCCGGCGACGGAGCUUACGACCACGUGCAAUGCGUCGACUUGUACGGACCGGAUGGUGUGAACGAGGCGUCCUCUAACCCGUCUAUAUCCUGGUUGUAUGGCAACCUCGAGCCGGCAGCUCCCACGGGUUUCGUUCUACAGAUCAGUAUAUUCUCAACAUGGGGUGACCCCUACUAUGUUGGACUGACCGGGGUGGAGUUGUAUGACCCCGACGGAAAUAUGAUUGACGUGACGGAAUCCAAUGUGUGCGCUCAGCCCGCGAGUGUCAAUAUUCUGAAAUGUAUGAGUGGGUCCUGUCGCGACGUCCGUACGCCGGCUCGACUCGUCGACGGACACAACGCGCGAGCCUCGCAAGCCCAUCACUCGUGGCUCGCACCGAUUCUGCCACACACACUCAACAGAGUUUUUUUCGUAUUCGACGUCCCCAUCACUGUAUAUGGAAUGAAGAUUUGGAACUACGGAAAGACGCCCGCGAGAGGUGUUAAGGAAUUCGGCGUCCUGAUGGAUGAUUUGCUCAUAUAUACAGGUUCUUUGGAAAUGUCCCAAGGCGAAGAGUUGAAAGCGCAGUGGAUAUGCUUCCGCGACGUGGACGUUGAGAACCUGUCGCCCAGUUCGAGCGCAUCUCGCAGCACCACGAGUUGUGCCGGCGCCGACCCCGGCGGAAGGCCGCACACCUCCGUCAGACAACAGGAUAGACAAUAAUAUAUUUAUAUAAUAUAGAAUUAUUUAAUACAUUUUCUAACAGCUGACUACCCCUUUAGACAAUGUCUUAAUAUUGACAAGGCUGUACGUAGUUAGGUUAAUAUUCUCUUUUCCCCUAAUAUUAAAAAAAUAAAAUAAAAAGGGUUAAAAUAUUUUUAUAACAAAACAUAAGUUAACGACUAUUUUGUAUUUUAACUUAUUUUAUUUAAAAAACAAAAAGGUUUUGUCUAAUUUAAUUUUUUGUUUCGUACUUGUCGUAUUUCACACUGUCGUAAUUAACGAAAAGUAAUAAUAAUAUUAUAAACUAGCCUUAAUCAUUGUACGUAUAACCAACGGUGUAGCGUUUACGAUAGUUUGGUUAAAAUUCAAGAGAUCGUAGGUCCUGUCAUGAAUUUAAAGCAAGUUGUAGAUUGCACUCAAGCCAAAUAUACAACAAUUUUCCCGCUGUUUUGCAUCUGUUACUUGUUAUUUGAUUGUUAGACUUGAAUUGUAAGUUUAAAGCCCAAGUACUUUAUUACUUUGUGUAAAAUAUAUUCGUCGAGUAGAUGUUCUUUGUAAAAUGAUUGAUGUGUUUAUGCUGUGUGAAGUGUCCCAUGUCGAAUGCAAUUUUUAACCAAAUAUAUGCGUUUUAGAAUAUA